GCCGGCGGCGGCGGCGCAGGGCACGCGGCGCUGGGGGGUGCGAUCGCUGCCCCUCACCUUCCUGCCCAGGGGCUCGGGGAGGCGGCGGCUUGGCUGGCUGGUGGCGGCUGCCUGGAGCUGGAGGGUUCCCGCGCUGCGGCGCCCCGAGCUCAAGAUGAAAACGAAGCGAGGUAGGUGUAGUUGCAAUAUCUGGCAGUGAGACAGAGGAUGAUGACACCAUGGAUGUCCCACUGGAUCUUUCCUCUUCUGCUGGCUCGAGCAAACGGAGGAGACGCGGUAACUUGCCCAAGGAGUCUGUGCAGAUUCUUCGGGAUUGGCUGUAUGAACACCGGUAUAAUGCCUAUCCUUCAGAGCAAGAAAAAGCACUAUUGUCUCGACAGACACACCUUUCCACACUACAGGUCUGCAACUGGUUUAUCAAUGCACGCCGCAGGCUUUUACCUGACAUGCUAAGAAAGGAUGGCAAGGACCCAAACCAGUUCACUAUAUCACGAAGAGGGACCAAGAUUUCUGAAAGUCCAGUAGAGUCUUCCAUAGGCACAAAAAACUACAUUCCACUGUUGGAGGAGAGCUCAUUCCUUUCCGGUACCACAGGACCAAACAAGAAUCUGUCUUCUAAAUCUUCUUCCCCAGGAUCUAUCUUGGUUCGACCUUCAGUGAUUUGCCAUACAACUGUAACUUCAUUGAAAGAUACCCCUUUCCAUUUCUGCCAGCCAGCUGGCAUAGGCCAGACCACAGACUUGCAGUAUGCACUAGCUAGUGGCUUCACAGAAAACUCCCUCGCAUACAAUGAGGAUCCCACUAAACUGGGACCUGGUGUGAAUGCACAAAGUGGGCUUUUUAACACUCCUCCUCCUACUCCGCCAGAUCUCAACCAGGAUUUUAGUGGAUUUCAGCUUCUGGUGGAUGUUGCACUCAAAAGGGCUGCAGAGAUGGAGUUGCAGGCAAAACUUAUGGCUUAAAUCCAGUUGUUUCAGGCAGGGAUCUAACGUGUGUGGUGGUUGUUGCCCACAUAAUAUCAACAGACUAAAUGCAUUAUUAUUUUUUUAUUCAUCUUAUUUGCACAAAGGAUUGCUGAAAUGAAGCUUCCUGUCACUGAGAUGGUCUUCAGUGGAAUAUGGUCAUUCCAAGAAUUAUAAACGUAAAGCUACUGUAGAAAGAAAUGGUUGUGUUUUUUGUUUUGUUUUUUUUUAAUGUUUCUUAGUAGGUUUUUCAUAAUGUGAGAUGGUUCCCAAGAUCAUGUGAUUUGUUUUUGUUUCUUUCAGACUGUGCAAUAUCUAGUAAUGAUAUAGAGUCUUCUUAUCAUUCCCAUGUGGAACAGAAUAUACCAACACGCUGUCUAAAAUUUACAUUUUUUUUAAACAAUAUGAACUUGGAUGAUUAUGCUUUUUUUCCAUGAUGUAAUAAAAUAUUUUCUUUAAAAA